AUGUGUGUGAGAACUGAAUCAAUGCUAACUCAUAAUCGCUCAAAUACGUUCAAGCAGCAGUUAUCGACCGAUCAUGAUCUGACCGAAUUAUCGUGGUUAACACGAUCCGAUAUUUUCAGUCGUUCAUCGUCGAGUACGAAACGUCCAACGCCAGUACUAAGUCGAAGUUUUCCGACUUACGGAACAAAUAAGAGUACUGAAAUUCCUCGUCAUCACCAACAUCAUUCGUCAUCGACAAGUCUCGUUGAUUCAUCCGAUAGUGAACAAGAUAAUGAUUCAUCGUCGUUAAAUUCUUCCAGCGAACGUGUAACAGCGAACUUUCCUGAUAUCGUUUCUCCGCCACAUUCCGCUCUAUGCUUUUGGAUCUUGUUCGCGAUCGAAGAGUCAAGAACACGUUCGUUAACAUUAAAUGAAAUAUGUGAUUGGAUUGAACAGCAUAUUGAACAGCAACAACCUUCGUCAUUGUUACAUACGAGCACUAGUCCGAUAUCAGAUGAGCAAUUAAUUCGUAGUACACGUUUGAAAAGUAAAGUACGCUAUCAUAUGACCAAACAAAUCUCAUUCUUUGUGAAAAUCAUCAAAGAUCCGGUGAAUGGUGUCAAAUUACGAUAUCCACUAUGGGCAACCGACCCUUCGAAACGUGCCUUACUACUCGACACUCUAUUAACAAUGAACGUCCGGCAGUUAUCUUUGACGACGCAAUAUACAAUGGACAUCUAUGAACGUUUGUGUUCGGAAAGACGACAGAGUUUAUUACGAAAUACGAACGAUGAGAACAGUUGUCCGAUUCUAUUAUUAAAUGAAACGAAACGUGAUAAAAUUAUUCAUCGAUUGGGUUCCUGUGAAGAAUCAAAUGCAAAUAAUAAACGAAAGAAACAACGCUCCAAGCACGAUUCAUCCACAAUGCCAACUCCCAGUGUUGAAGUUGUCGAUGCAGCGAUGACAUUACUACUUUUACGACAAACGAAAUGA